CUGAUAGUUCAUCAAGGAGCUCAUUUAGCGAGUCCUUCAUUCCCUCACUGCUACUCUCUCCAUCUCAGAAGGCUUUUCCAGCCCCACGAUGGUCCCUGAGGUCCCCAGGACAGUGGCUCUGACCAUGUUGCUGAUGGUGCUGAGCAACCCUGUGGUCCAGGGCAGGGCCACUCCAGAGAAUUACCUGAUCCAGAGACUGUACGAAUGCUACGCGUUCAACGGGACGCAGCGCUUGGUGGACAGACACAUCUACAACCGGGAGGAGUACGCGCGCUUCGACAGCGACGUCGGGGAGUUCCGCGCGGUCACCGAGCUGGGGCGGCCCGACGCCGAGUACUGGAACGGCCAGAAGGACGUCCUGGAGCGCGUGCGGGCCUCGGUGGACACCGUGUGCAGACACAACUACGAGCUGAACGAGGGCUUCACCCUGAAGCGCCGAGUCCAGCCUAACGUACAUGUGUCACCCUCCAAGAAGGGGACCCUGCAGCACCACGACCUGCUUGUCUGCCACGUGACAGAUUUCUACCCAGGCAACAUUCAAGUGCGGUGGUUCCUGAAUGGACAGGAGGAAACAGCUGGGGUGGUGUCCACCAACUUGAUCCGUGAUGGGGACUGGACCUUCCAGAUCCUGGUGAUGCUGGAAAUGAUGCCCCAGCAGGGAGACGUCUACACCUGCCAUGUGGAGCACCCCAGCCUCCAGAGCCCCAUCACAGUGGACUGGAAGGCACAGUCUGAUUCUGCCCGGAACAAGAAGCUGACUGGCGUUGGGGGCUUCGUGCUGGGGCUCAUCUUCCUUGUAGUGGGCGUUGUCGUGCAUGUGAGAAGCAAGAAAGCUCAGCAAGGAUCUAGAUAAACGGGUUCCUGAUCUGAAUCAAAAGACUAUAUGUGUCUUGGAACAAGGAUUUUUCUGUGUUUCUUUAGUUUCAGAGUCUGGUUCUGACAUGAAACCCCAGCUUUCCAGGGGAUGCUGCUGCCCUGAAACUAGUUUGUCUAGUUCUACUCUUUGCUUCAAUGCACUGCUUCUUUCAUGAGGCCUUCAACCAAAUUCCAUUUUCCUUAGCUCCAUAAAUAAUAAAAAUCCAAUGUUAUUGUC